AUGACUGGAGGGCCCGGAUCGGAGGCCCCAACUGCGCUCAGGCUUGCUGAUAACGUGAGUGUUCGCCACCUGGCCCACACGGGUUACGAUUGGACCACUGUGACGCCCCCGGCCGACGGUCGCCUCAAGGCUGCAGCCAAGCGCGUCACGUUCCCGUCCGACGAGGAUAUCGUGUCCGGAGCGGUGGAGCCCAAAGAUCCAUGGAGACACGCUCAGAACGUGACCGUGGACGAGGUUGUCGGCGCCUACAAGCAGGCCUGCCAGAAGCUGAAUUGCCGGCAGAUCCCCAAGCUCCUCCGGCAGCUCCAGGAGUUCUCGGACCUCGGGCACCGCGUUGACUGUCUGGACCUGAAAGGUGAGAAGCUGGACUACAAGGCCUGCGAGGCCCUGGAGGAGGUCUUCAAGAGGCUGCAGUUUAAGGUCGUGGACCUGGAGCAGACGAACCUGGACGAGGAUGGAGCCUCAGCCCUCUUUGACAUGAUCGAGUACUACGAGUCGGCCACUCACCUCAACAUCUCCUUCAACAAGCACAUUGGCACCCGAGGCUGGCAGGCUGCCGCCCACAUGAUGCGCAAGACGAGCUGCCUGCAGUACCUGGAUGCCCGCAACACGCCCCUGCUGGACCACUCCGCACCCUUCGUGGCCCGCGCCCUGCGCAUCCGCAGCAGCCUGGCCGUGCUGCACCUGGAGAACGCCAGCCUGUCAGGGCGGCCCCUUAUGCUGCUCGCCACAGCCUUGAAGAUGAACAUGAACCUUCGGGAGCUGUACCUGGCUGACAACAAGCUGAACGGCCUUCAGGACUCGGCCCAGCUGGGCAACUUGCUCAAGUUCAACUGCUCCCUGCACACGUUGGACCUGCGCAACAACCAUGUGCUUGACUCAGGUCUGGCCUACAUCUGCGAGGGCCUCAAGGAGCAGCGGAAGGGGCUGGCAACCUUGGUGCUGUGGAACAACCAGCUCACGCACACGGGCAUGGCCUUCCUGGGCAUGACGCUGCCACACACUCAGAGCUUGGAGACGCUGAACCUGGGCCACAACCCCAUCGGGAAUGAGGGUGUGCGCAACCUCAAGAAUGGCCUGAUCAGCAACCGCAGCGUGCUGCGCCUGGGCCUGGCCUCCACCAAGCUCACCUGUGAAGGCGCGGUGGCGGUGGCGGAGUUCAUUGCCGAGAGCCCCCGCCUCCUGAGACUGGACCUGCGGGAGAACGAGAUCAAGACAGGCGGGCUCAUGGCGCUGUCCUUGGCCCUCAAGGUGAACCACUCCCUGCUACGCCUGGACCUGGACCGGGAGCCCAAGAAGGAGGCGGUGAAGAGCUUCAUCGAGACGCAGAAGGCCCUGCUGGCCGAGAUCCAGAACGGCUGCAGGCGCAACUUCGUGCAGGCACGGGAGCGGGAGGAGCAGGAGCAGCGGCUGCAGCUGUCGGCCUCCAUGCCCGAGAUCUCCGUCACCGAGCCCCCGCCUGACGCCGAGCCGGCCACCGAGGCACGGGAGAACGGGGCCCCUGAGCCCGGGCCCGGGCCCGGCCCCGACUCGGACUCGGACUCGGACUCGGAGGACGAGGAGCGCGACGAGGCCGACAGUGACCAGAGCUCCUCCGCCCCCUGCCCCAUCCUGGUGCCCCCGACGGACUCCCCGGACCCUGGGGACAGGACCCCCUCAGGCAGCCCCUCCACCCCCAAGGAGCAGCGCAUUUCUGUGUCCAGCCCUGGCCGGGGCCACAAGGUGUUCGUGGUGACUCGAGUGGAGAGUCCGCCUGAGAGGCCAGCACUGCCCGCCCUCCCCGCCGCCGUCUCCUCACUGUCCCCCCUUUCCCCGCCUGCCUCCCCACCAGCUGAGGCCUACAGCUCCCAGGACCCGGAGGUGGCAGAGCCUCUGCCACAGCCCGAGCCCACUCAGUCAGGGCCGCUCCUGCCCAAUGGCCUCAAGCCCGAGUUCGCCUUGGCCCUGCCUUCUGAGCUGCCCCCAGGGCUUGAGGCCAAAGCGGGCAGCUGUGGCCUGGAGCACGAACUGAGCUGCGCCAAGGAUGAGAGGGAGCUGGAGGAGCUGCUGCUGGAAGCCAGCCAGGAAUCCGGGCCGGAGACACUGUGACACUUUAGUUCCUUUUUUUCCAACCAGUCUUCAAUGAGCUGAAGCCCAAGUCCUGGGACCUGCUGUCUCCCCUCAGCCUUCCUGAGGCCCAGGACGCCAGGGGGGGCCGCACCAGGGACCACCCCCCCUCCACAGCCACACUACGGGGCUGGAGCAGCAGGGCAUGGCCCCAACAUAAGCACUUCUAUUUAUGAAUCCAGCCUCUGAGACUCUGGGCUGGGACGGACAGGAGGACCAGGAGGAGGCA